GCAUCAAUCCAGUCAAUCUUCUCAAAGUUUGAAGCUUUCGAGCAAGAACCCUCCUUCCUUUCCCAAUCCCCCGAUUUCCCAGUUCUGCAAUUUCUCCAUUGUUUCACUCCAGGCUACCUGAACCUUUCAAUCUUCAACUCUCCUGUUCUGAAAGAAACGAGUUUUGUUGGGUUGAUUGGAUUCGAUGGAUACCAAUAAGUGGACGCCUUCUCAAGUUGGAGAGGCCGCCAUGGAUGCCGGCGAUUGGAGAAGUCAGCUGCAGGCUGAUUCAAGGCAAAGAAUUGUCAACAAGAUAAUGGAUACAUUGAAGAGGCAUCUUCCCUUCUCCGGACAAGAUGGAUUGCAGGAACUCAGCAAAAUUGCUGUAAGGAUUGAGGAAAAGAUUUAUGCUGCAGCCACAAGCCAGUCGGAUUAUCUACGGGAACUUUCUCGGAAGAUGCUCACCAUGGAGACCGAGUCUCAGAAUUCAAUGGGCAAUUCUUUACAAUCUAACUCUGCUGAUUCUCUAGAUUCCUCAUCUCAGACGGGAUAUUCCUCAUCUCAGACUGGAUAUUCCUCAUCUCAGACUGGAUAUGCAAAUGGGGGUGAUUGGCGAGAGGAGGUCUAUCAAAGAAUCAAAGUCAUGAAGGAAAAGUACUUACCUGAACUAAGUGAAAUGUAUCAGAAAAUUGCUACUAAACUUCAGCAGCACGAUUCUCUUCCACAAGAACCAAAGUCAGAGCAGGUUGAGAAGCUAAAAAUGUUCAAAACCAUGUUAGAGCGCCUCAUAUCAAUCUUACAGGUUUCCAAGAGUAACAUUUCACCUGGUUUGAAAGACAAGUUGAGUUUAUAUGAGAAGCAGAUAGUAAAUUUUAUUAAUACAAAUAGACCGAGGAAGCAAGGUCCUCCUCUGCAACAAGGGCAGCUCCCCCCACCUCAUAUGUAAAGUGGAUUGCACCGUUGUUGAAAGGCUGGCGAGCUUCAACAAAACGAAGAAAUCACAACCGCAACCGCAAAAUGAAUGGACCGCAUUUUGAAAGAUUUCUAGCUAUUUGUCAAUAGUUAUUUGUGUGUUUGGAACAGUAGCAAUGUUUGUUUGUAUUUAUUGUAUGACUGGGAAUGAUUUAUCAUCAGUUUUAUAUGGUUGAAAUA